AGCUGUUUUGCCCGAGCGAGGGUUGCGAGCUGUCAUUAUCUACCCUUCCUGACCUCCAGGCUCAUAUCUCCGACGCACACCUACCUACACCCCGUCCCCUUAUCCUGGAUGAAUUCGCUAUCCACCGAUGGUGUGCAGGCAAGCGCAGAGGGGCGAGACAAUGCGCCUGCGCUGCGGAACCCACGCGGAGACGGGCCAUGGAGAGAGCGGCUGAAUGGAGCGUGGGACAACAAACAUAUCGGCACGGACUCCCCACCGCUCAUGGCGAUGGACUCGCAGGGUUUGCAACGCCUGAUUCCCAUCGCCAUAAAGCUGCUACUGCACGUUGCGAAGAGACAGAGGCAGACCGAAAACAUCCUGAUACGUGUACGAGACUGAGCACUUCGAGACAAGGAUAUCCACAGCACCCCAUCAUUGGCGCAGAUCGACUCCGAGCUGGCCAUGUCCAGCCCCAUCGGCACCACCGCACUCGCGGGUCUCUUCGAGGACUGCAACAAGGAGGGGCGGCCGUCAAAGAUCCCAACCAGCAGAGUAUCAAAACACAGCAUGACAAGCGAAUGCGGUCGGACAUCAAGACCACCACCGAGCGUGCCCCACGGGCGGAAGACAACGACACGCACGAACGGAAGCAGUUCAAGACCCAGCUGUGCGCACAGAGGAACAACGACGCAGCCCUCACAGUGAUCCACGACGUUCCUCACCAGACGGGCGCGACCUACAAGCAGGCUGGUAUUCGGACUGGUGAAGCACAUGGGGCGCUACCACUACACGCUGCUGACGAAGAGGGACGUUGGGACGAGGGGCUAAAGGAUGCAACCAGCCGUCUAUGUUGCACGCGGCACAGCUGCGCACGGUGGAGCUUUGUACAGAUUCCGUCCAAUUUGAACGAGGGUUUGAGCGUUCCUCAUAUUUCGACACGUCCUACACCUCCUGUUUCUUUGGUCUUGGAGCGCUCACGUACCGUGAGUUUGUCGACGCCGCAGAGUGCAUCUACAUAUUUCAAAGGCAUGGGCUGCCCACUGAGUUCGCCUACGGUGCAGAUAGCGACUACCGACUCUCUAGCUAUCGGCUCGACCUCAUCGCAGAUGGCCACGACCGACGAUAGGAGCGUGAACGAUCCUCCCCCGCGGGAGACUACUGCGCAGAGAGCUUCUCAUGAUCGCCCUUCGGGUGGAGGCCCUUGCCCCUUCCUUAUCAAAACAGCUGCGCUGAUGGCACAUGCCCACACGAUUGCAGAGAGACAACGAGCGAGUGACCCUGCGACGCCGCCGCAUGAGACAAACCCGAGCACGAGUGCGCGCACUUUUGCACGCCCGCUCGUUUGUUCCCCCGGCCCUGCGCCCUCUCGCGCCUACCCCCGCUCCUCCACCAGUGCCGAAUGAGAACGCCCCGCUAACAGGCCUCGCCGAGACCCUUUUUGCCCCACUGCCGACAGCGAUGGCGCGCAGCGUUUCCGUUCCACCCGGGCUCCAGAGACGCCAGUCGGGUACAUGCGCUCGAACAACGGAUGCCAUAAUGAGACUCGUAGGAUCCAGCAGGCGCUAAGACCUGCGAUCGUGAAUGACUUUUUGCCAGUGUGUAACAGCUUGGUUUGUCUUCGGGCGCAGCCCGAUCCCAGAGGCGCUCCGUCGUUCCAGGCCCUGCGAACUGCUGCCUCCGAGGGGGCCAAUCCGAUAUAUGAUCCG